CGCCCGAGGAACGAGUUGGCGCAGGAGUGGAAGCGAAAUACUUUCUACGUCCUGCCGCACAAAGUGACCGGGCAGAUGAUCCAGGUGAACGAGCUCGACGACGCGGAGUACAACGAGCGACUCGAGACGGCCACCUACGACAAGACGAGGACGAACGUGUUCGACCGGGGGAACCACUCCAGCGUCGGAUGGUUCUUCAAUUGCGCGGCUUUCUGGUGCACGCCCCGCUGGGGCCCGGACCAGGACGGCGCCUUCUAG